AAAUAGGACAUUGGUGCCGUUGCUGCAGCCAACCGCACUUUUUUCCAUCGACAACAACAAAAUACAACAAGCACACUUCUCCGUCCAUCUUUCAGCUGACACAAGCCAUCAUCACAGUCUGCACCAAGCAAGCAAGCAAAGCCGCUCACCAUGUCUCUGUUUCGACCUGAGCCAGCCCAGGGUGCCGGACAAGGGCAGCAAGGCCAGCGCAAGUGGUCUGCCCCUGGCGCACCAGCCAACUCGCCCAUCGCCUUCCGUGCGGGCCGCAUGAAGAUUGAGGGCAACCGCGUCACGCCGCUGGAGGCCAAGGGCGUCCUGUACCUGGCCAAGGACGACACCAACCUCCCCGUCCUCUGCUGGAAGAACCGCACAACGGGUGUCGUCGAAGACGAGAUCAUUGUGCUCCCAGGCAACCAGAAAUUCUACAAGUGCAAGUCUGCACCAGAGGGCUCUCGCGUGUACUACUUGAAGAUGUCUGAUGAGCGCCACUUCUUUUGGAUGCAGGAGCCCAACGCAGACCUUGAUAAGGACCGCGCAGAGCGUCUCAACACCAUCAUGAGCGACGAAAACCUUGUCACCGGCAGCCUCGAAGACUUUGCCGACAACAGCGGUGGAAAUGGUGGCAACAGCCAGGCCAACGCCAUGAUGCAGCUGCUCUCUGGCGGCCUGCCCGGCAUGGGCGGAAACAACGGCGGCAUGAACAUCCCGCCCGAGCUCCUGCAGCAGAUGAUGGGGCUGCAGGCGCCGCCCCAGGCCCGUCAGUCGUCCUCCCAGCAGCAGCGCACGCAGCAGCAGCAGCAGCAGCAAGGAAGCACCAGCUCCCCGGCACCGCCCACCACGCGCGCAGCAGAGCCGGAGACACCACCAGCAGACACCACGCAGCAGCAGCAGCAGGGUGGAGAGGGCAGCCAGAGCGAGGGCCAGCAGCAGCAUGGGGACUUGGCAACGGAGGGUCUCAUUCGAGGCCUUGCUGCCGAAAUGGAGCAGCAGGGCAUGGGCGAGGGCGCGUCCCUGACGGACAUUCUCGCGCCAGAGAACGUCGAGAUUCUUCUCGCCGACGACGAGGUUGUUGCGCGCCUGCUGCCGUUCCUCCCGAAUGCAGAGACGGCCACGCGCGAAGACAUUCUCAACAACAUCCGCAGCCCCCAGUACAUCCAGAGCCUGCAAACGUUCACGUCUGCGCUGCAAUCCGGCGAAGACGCAGGGGACGACGAUGGCAACGAUAGCAACGACGACAAUGACAAUGACGACAACGCCAUGGAUUCCACGCAGGACUGAGCAUUGACACGUGUGUUGACGUGUGUUGUGGUGUGUGGUGUGUAUCUGGGCACGUUUUGUGGUGUGGUGUGGGUAUUGCUUGCCUGCCUGUUUGCCUGCCGCCCAAGAAGGCAGGCCAUGUCAAUGCACACGCACGAGUCAAAUACACCGCCAUUUCAAGAGCAGA